AGGGUGUGAAAAAACAGAACUGAACCGGUCAAAAUGAACCCAAAUCAAAUCAAACUGAACCGAUUCCAUAUUAAGCCACUUUUCGUUUGGGGUAUCAUGAAACUAGUUGAAAACCGGGCCCAAUCAGAUCAGAUUAUGUUUAGAAAAAAUAAACCUAAAAAGCAGCGUGGCACCUGCACCUUCACCUUCACAUAGUAGGAGUGAAACAACCACCCCUUUAUCCACAAUUGUUUUUAUAUAUACACAUGGUGAACCAAAACAAAGCCCAAUAAAAGAAAACUGAAAUAAACCUAUAUCAAACCAAGCCUUCCCUUAUUGGGUGGUUCAGUUUGGCCCAGUCUAGCCCGAGACCGGUUCAACCCGAUUGAAUCCGAAAGUACCCUUAUGGAUGGGUAGUGUUUCAACAAAUUUGGAAUUUUCUCAUUUGAAAAAAAUAAAAUCAGAUGUGUCCUCAAGAAUCCUUUUCCCGAUUGCGUAUAAAGAAAAGCAAAUUGCAAUCUCUAAUAUUUGUUGUGUUGACUAGUACAAAAUCAAGCUCGUGGUUGAAAAAUAAAAAAUAAAUAAAUACCCACUUAGAAGAGCAUCAGAUUCCAAUUUGAUUAUGGGAAAUUUUUUCCACAACCAUAGUGUAAGGAAGUGGAAUAAGCUUUUCCAUAGCUUGGGUAUUGAUGUGAAACCAUAUCCAACAAUCCUAAUAUCCCAAGCUUCAUCAAUAAGCCCAAACAGAACCUUUUAUAGUUGCAGACCUUACUAAGGCCUUUAGAACAUCUAGAAAGGGUAUCUCUUCUUCUUACCAACUAGCCAUUGUAGCUCUUUAGCAUGGACUAGAGUUGCAGGUCCCAGAAACUCUUCCUUCCUUCAAGGAGUCUGAAAUCAAUAGCUUGUCUGGAUCUUCAAUUCUGCAUGGGUAGCACCAGCAUCAGGGCUUCUUAUUACUAUGAGAGACUAGUGGCCAUUGUUUUGGCCCUUCUUGCAGUUCUAUCACCUCUGUACAUCGACCGGAAACCGGCGGCAGAAGUCGAAGAAGAUGAAGAUGGUACCAUCAGCUUUGUUUCCUGGGCAUGGCUACCUCUGUUGCUAGUAGUCCUUAUUAUUUCCAUCAACAUGUCUUGUUACCUAGACCGAAGAUUAAAGAGGUUUGAUCCUUACUGGAUACACAGAGUUGGAGGUUCUCCAUGUGGGAUCCUAGCCCUUCUUAUGUUGCUUGCUUUGGUUUUGAAGUGCAAAGCUUCUUCUAUCAGUAACUGAACUUGGAGCCCUGAAAGGUGAAUUAAAGGAAGAAGGUGGAGGACACAAAGUGCUUCCAAGUGUGGGGGGAGGAAAUCAGUUUCAGUUAAGCACCAGGGACCAUUAACAACUAUUAAUUCUUGUAAGAUUUUGUAUAUUUAUUAUUUCAUCUUCAUGGUUUGUACU